ACCCUCGGCGGCCGGAGGAGCAGCAGCAGCAGCCGCAGCCGUCACCUAGGCUAGGAUCCCCGCCACGCAGCCUCCUUCCUCCCAUUCUCCACCCUUGCUCCGCAGCCCAUAAGGCCUCCGUCACUCCCGCGGCCCGAGAGCCUUCCUGAGGAACCGCUGACCCGGCGCAUCCUUCUAGUCGGUGCCGAGAGCAGCCCCGGGUGGGGGUGGUUAGUGCGGGGGUGAGCGAAGCUUAGCGGCCGGCAUGAUGCGGCUCCGAGGCUCCGCGAUGCUGCGGGAGCUGCUGCUGCUGCAUCCGCCCGCCGCCGGGGCAGCUCUGAGACGGGGACAGCCCCUCACCACCUUGUGCCGGCGCCCCCGAGUCGGGGGCCGGGCUGCCGCCGCGGCCCGAGAGCUGUUCCCCUGGCGGGGUGGAGGCGCCAGCCGGCCCUUGGCGCCCCUGGCACGGGGGCUGUCGAGCUCCCAUUCGGAAAUCCUUCAGGAGCUGGGCAAGGGGGGCGCCCAGCCCCAGGCGGCGCAGAUGCAGCCGCCUUCGUCGACCCCCCCUAAGGACGGCUCCGGCGAGGCCAACGCCUAUGGCAACAGCGAGGGGAAGGAGCCGGCAGGGGGAGAAAAUAAAAUCAAACAGGGUCUUCUACCUAGCUUGGAGGAUUUGCUGUUCUAUACCAUUGCAGAAGGGCAAGAAAAAAUACCAGUUCAUAAAUUCAUUACUGCACUGAAAUCUACAGGAUUGCGAACUUCUGAUCCCAGGUUGAAAGAGUGUAUGGAUAUGUUGAGAUUAACUCUUCAGACAACAUCAGAUGGUGUCAUGCUAGACAAAGAUCUUUUUAAAAAAUGUGUUCAAAGCAACAUUGUGCUGCUUACACAGGCCUUCAGGAGAAAGUUUGUCAUUCCAGACUUUAUGUCAUUUACCUCACACAUUGAUGAAUUGUAUGAAAGUGCUAAAAAACAGUCUGGAGGGAAGAAAUUUUCUUCUUCACAGGUGAAGUCAGUGAUAAACCUCUUGUUUGCAGCAUAUACUGGAGAUGUGUCAGCCCUCCGAAGAUUUGCUUUGUCAGCUAUGGAUAUGGAGCAGCGGGACUAUGAUUCUCGAACUGCAUUACAUGUUGCAGCUGCAGAAGGUCACGUGGAAGUAGUUAAAUUUUUGUUGGAAGCCUGCAAAGUGAAUCCUUUCCCCAAGGACAGGUGGAAUAACACCCCCAUGGAUGAAGCCCUGCACUUUGGACACCAUGAUGUGUUUAAAAUCCUUCAGGAAUACCAAGUCCAGUACACACCUCCAGGGGAUUCCAAUGAUGGCAAAGAAAAUCAAACAGUCCAUAAGAAUCUAGAUGGAUUGUUAUAAUGGGGUCUCAAGCUUGAUCCUAAGAAUCAAAUCACUUAGCUAUUUAAUUGUGAAAAAUGAUUAUGAAGAGCGUGUGUACUUCCCUGGUAGUGAUGUAUAUUUUACAGAGUCUGUCUGUUAUCUCAGUGUUACUGGAGUUUUUUCUUCAUUGUAUGCAGAGGACAAAUCUGAUCUCUCUGGGAAAAAAAAAAAAGAAAAAAUAGAAACAAAGCAGGAGCUCCCUUCAUAAUGUGAGCGAUAUUACCUCGUGCUGUGGAUAAUUUGAUGUAAAAAACAAAAAUCACCAUUGCUUGCUUUACUGUGGUCUUUACAAUUUCUUUCUGUGUUGUGUGCAUUUGUGAUAAUUGUUCUUUCUGCUGAGUAUGCAUUUUUAAGCUGAAACCUUGUUUGUACAGUUGGCCCAAAUGAACAAAGCUGCCUCCAGGAGCACAUGGAAGUGGUUUUUUUUUUCAAGAUAUUAGAUUUGAAAUGUGGGAAUAGUUUGGGUGUUUUUCAAACACUCUAUGCACUUAAGGUUGUAUAUUUUUCUGAUGUUUCCGAAACCAUGCACCCUAUAUCUACUUUGUGAUCUUAAAAGAAGAUAUCAAUUGAUGACUGUCAAUAAAUAGCAAAGGCUAAUUUUGAUUUGACUUUA